AUGGAGCUCCCAACGAUUGAGCAACUGAACCUGGAAGGAAGUCCAUCCGAGACCGAGGAAUGGGUCGAUCGGUUCGAUCUGUGGUGCAGCAUUCGCAAAAAUGGUACACAGAAUCAGUCAGCCCUAUUUCUUAAUGCUGGCGGCGGUGGCCUGCACUCCCUGUUGAAAAACCUGGCAUUCCCUGAAGCUCCAGCCAAACUACCAUACGAGUCCCUGAAAUUGCUGCUGCUCAACCACCUGCUGCCCACUGAAUUCUAA